AUGGCGCCACGGAAACAGCCUGUCGCCUCGGCAAGACUAGCGAAAUCGUCAACGCACAAGACCACCACCCAUCUAGAAGCUCCAGCUAAAGAUGACCUGGACAGCCAAACAGGAGAUGUUGCUCAAAACCUACCCGUCAAACGGAAGCGAGGCCGACCAAGUGCAGCAUCACGCCUGCAGCACAACGCCGCAGCUUCACAAAAAUCCGUCUACGAUGUUCCAUCAGACGAUGACGACGUUGUCACAGCUGCUUCCCAGGUCUCGGUAGGAACUCCACGGAGCCGCAAAGUCAAGCACAGUAUCGACACCACUGCCACCGUAACGGCAGGGACUAUAGCAGAAGAUGAAUCCAGAACGCCACGGAAAAGGAAUGCGGCUGGCUCAAAGGCAGCAGUGACGCCCUCGCAAAAGGAACAGCCCAUUCUCCAUGGAGAAACGCCGAGGUGGAGGAGAAACGAUCGUUCUGCCCGCAAAAAGAGCGCCCGAGCGCUCAUUGAGAGCGUGGUCCAGGGCAAUGCAAGCGAUGAAGACGACGACGAUGAUGACCGAGGCAUUGCCAGGGAGAUUUACGAGUCUAGUGACGAGGAAGACGACGAGGAAGGCGAUGCCGAGGACGCUGAGAUGCAGCUUGAGGAGGCUAUCGAUGAUCUUGCCGCCACUCCCUCCAAGCAGCGUCGUGGCCGAAGAAAGGGCUCAUCCACAAGAGCGAGGAAGAAAUCGCCAACGCCUCCACGAGACCUUCCGCCCCAGGAACUGUACUUUGCCCAGAACCGCCCUGGAGGAUCCAAAACCUCGGGCAAUAGUCUGGCUUCACUCCAGCUGCUCACUCAUGAGGAGUACUUUUCGCUGUGGAAUGACUAUAGAGAUCCGCACCACGAAGAUGUCGAAUUCUUACAGGACCUACACGCCGACUCUUUUUCGCAGUGGGCGUUUGAAUUGUCCCAAAACUUUAGCAUUUGCUGCUACGGCUUUGGUUCGAAGCGACCUCUGCUGCACAAGUUUGCCAAGUUUUUCUACGACGCCUCUGCAGACCACAUCAACCACAAGAUAGUCAUGGUGAAUGGCUAUGUGCGGAACACGUCGAUCCGCGAAAUCCUCGGCAUUGUGGGCAGCGCAGUCGACCCAGCAUAUAAACCACCAGCUGGUAAUCCUUCGGCCAUGCUGACUGACCUGAAGACGCUUCUCUCUUCGCACAAGGUCUGCAUCACCAUUAUCAUAAACUCCAUUGAUGCUAUACCGCUACGUAAACCAGGUAUGCAGGCCAUACUGGCCCAGCUGGCCGCGCAUUCCAAGGUCCAGUUGGUUUGCUCAGCCGACACCCCCGACUUCACUUUGUUGUGGGACAGUGGUCUGCGGUCCGCCUUUAACUUUACUUUUCACGACUGCACAACCUUUGCUCCGUUUGCAGCCGAAAUUGAUGUCGUUGAUGACGUCCAUGAGCUCCUCGGGCGCAAAGCUAGACGAGUAGGAGGCAAGGAAGGUGUGGCAUAUGUGUUGCGCAGUUUGCCAGAAAAUGCAAAAAGCCUGUUCAGAUUGUUGGUGACGGAAGUCCUCGUUGCCAUUGAUGAGGAGGGGUCGUCUGCAGGCGAAAAUCCUGGCGUCGAGUACAGGAUUCUGUACGGAAAAGCAGUGGAGGAGUUUAUUUGCAGCUCCGAGGUGGCUUUCCGUACUUUGCUCAAGGAAUUCCACGAUCAUCAAAUGAUCACAAGCCGGAAAGACGCCCUAGGCACUGAAUUGCUGAGCGUCCCGUUUAGUAAGGAGGAACUUGAAGCUAUUCUCGAAGAUCUCAUGGCCUAG